AUGUUCCCCACCACUUUGAAGACCACCCUUCUGGCCGCCGUGGCCAUUGGACGAGUCAAUGCCCAGAACCCGGGCUCAUCUUGCGCUAAGCUCGGCGACUACACGUGCUCAGGUGUCAACUCGUUGGAGUGCAAGAUGGGAUCUGAGGGCAAGUUGAUUUGGAACCUGGAGGGCAACUGCCCAGCGAACCAGAUUUGUUUCAUCAACGGAGAUGGCAACUUUGAUUGCAAGAACCCCAAGGCGUAA